AGAGCAUUAUCGGAAUUCCAGUAGAGACACUUCUUCCCCAAAAGUGAGGUUGGGUUCGGAAGGUUAGGUCCUUCAAAAUGACUCUCAGGGCUAUAAAAUACGAGAACAACAAUUUAGAAAUACUGGACCAGCUUCUCUUGCCUGCCCACUCCAAAUACAUCCAAGUAAAAGGAGUUGAAGAUGGCUGGAAAGUUAUCAACAAGAUGCAGGUCAGAGGAGCCCCAGCUAUAGCCAUAGUAGGUUGUCUGAGUCUGGCCGUGGAGAUCAGAAACGAGAAAUACGAGAGCAAACGGCAAAUGAGGCAGGAAAUUGAAGGUAAGCUAAACUACUUGGUAUCAUCUAGACCAACAGCUGUUAACAUGAAAAUCGCUGCCGAAGAGAUGCUUGAACUAGCCAAUAAACUCAGCGAAGAUGCCUCCAUAACUGUUGAUGAUAUGAAAUCAAAGUUCCUACUAACAAUAGAGCAUAUGCUGGAGAAAGACAUAUCAGAUAAUAAAGCUAUUGGUGAUAAUGGGGCUAAGGAUAUAUUGUCUCAUGUCUCUGGGGACAGCCUUGUGAGGAUUUUGACUCAUUGCAAUACUGGGUCUUUGGCCACUGCUGGUUAUGGCACUGCCCUAGGAGUUAUCAGAACUCUGCAUGCCAUGAAGAGGCUGGAGCACGUGUAUUGCACGGAAACGCGGCCGUACAACCAGGGCGCCCGAUUGACUGCUUACGAGUUGGUCCACGACAAAAUUCCCGCCACUUUGAUCGUCGACAGUAUGGUGGCCGCCCUGAUGAAGCACAGGAACAUUUCUGCUGUGGUCGUCGGAGCCGAUAGGGUGGCUGCCAACGGAGACACGGCCAACAAGAUCGGCACGUACCAGAUAGCCGUGUUGGCCAAGUACCACGGGGUGCCUUUUUACGUGGCCGCCCCUUUCACCUCCAUCGACAUGAAGAUACAUGGUGGAGAGCACAUCGUCAUCGAGGAAAGACCCGACAGAGAGAUGACUCACGUCGGAGAACACCGGAUCGCCGCCAAAGGUAUUGCUUGUUGGAACCCCGCUUUCGAUGUGACACCCGCCUCCCUGAUUGCGGGGAUCAUUACAGAGAGGGGCGUUUACAGGCCGGACCAGUUGAGGGAGCCCCCCACCCAUUGACGUCAUUUUCGAAUUUGGAAUCGUGAUUUGUUUUUAUAUACAUAUAGCAGUCUAAUGAUUGAAGAUAUCAGAAUGUUCACCUCCUAUGCCUGACUAUGUCUAUUAUAGUAUAUGUGGAGGAUUUUUCUCAAAUUAAAAACGUAUUUUUGGAAGCACUUACAGGAAUAUUUUUUAGCGUGUAAUGUUUCUAUGGGAAAUAGCUGAUUUGAUGUUUUGCCCAGAAGGGCCCGAUGUGGGUCCUUUUCUGCUAAAUACGUUAGUUUUCAAUUCCAAUCGGAAAUAUAAGUUGAUUAUUUUGGUUCUGAAAAUAACCUAAAAUGAUAUGAAGAAUGUAGUUUAUUGUUAGUGAUAAAAAUUUCUGUUUAUGUAUUUUUUA